AUAAAAUCAGACUUCAGAAAAAGGAAAACAAGAGAGAGAGUUCUAGGGUUAGAAAGAUGUCGAAUUCAACAUCUUCUGAUCGAUUAGGUCAGUGGGACGAAGACUCGAACCGUCCCCACAAGAAGCGGAAGUAUUCACAAACCAGAUCAGAGACGAACGUGAUAGAGGAUGAUGCAGAUUCGUCGAGCAAGAGGAACCGUUCAAUCCUAAGAAAGCCAAAGAGCGAUUCGUGGGUGGUGGCUCGUUUUCUCGGAAGCGACUCAAACGCCUCUGUUUACUUAGCCUUAAGAACGACCGAAGAAGGCGUAGACGAUCUUCCUUCCAGGAUGGCCAUCAAGUCUAACGAGAUCUCAGAAUCAGCAUAUCUCAUGAUCGAGGAGAAGUUCUUAACCCGUCUCGAAAGCCCAUACAUCGUGUCUUGCUACGGCCACGAGAUAACAGAGGAGAAGAAGGAGAAGAAGAAGUACUUCAACACCAUACUCGAGUACUGUCCUGGCCAAACCCUUGAGAAGCAUAUCAAAGGCCACAGAGAAGGGUUACCAAUUGAUGAUGUGAAGAGAUUGGCUAGCGAUAUCUUGCGUGGUCUCAAGCGUAUACACGGAGAAGAGAUCAUUCACCGCGACAUCAAACCAAAGAACAUCUUACUCACGUCUGUGAACAGAGCAUUUGCCAUGUAUGGGUAUAGCAAGGACAAGGCUAUGAUCUCUGGUUAGGGAAACGCGUUGGAGAAAAAGCGGAUUGAUGAUGGCGAAAGCUGGAAUCACAGGAGUGGUACCGCGAGGUUUAUGUCACCGGAGCUUAUAGGGGACAAGGUUUUGGACUAUGGUGCGGAUGUGUGGGCUUUUGGUUGUACUGUGCUUGAGAUGUUGACUGGAGUACGGGUUUGGGGAGAGUAUGAUGAGCUUGAUUGGCAAAGUUGGGUUACUGUCAUUGGUAAAAGUGGUCUGGUUCCAACUAUCCCUGAUUACUUGUCUGAAGAGGCUAAGGACUUUCUUACAAAGUGUUUGGAGAGAGACCCUGCUAAAAGGUGGUCUGUUGAUAGUUUGAUCAAUCAUGAGUUCUUUUAUGAUGAAGAAGAAGCAGAGAUAGAAGCAUAUGAAGCAAAUCUAAAUGCUGUAGCGGCGUUUCAACAACAAGAAGAGGAAGAAGAAGAAGAAGAAGAAGAGGAAGUAGUAGAAGAAGAAGAAGAAGUAGG